AUGACAUCAAUACCAUUCGAAUCCAUGUUAGAGAAAUGGAUGAAAGAUCCGACUCAAACAUCGGAAGUGUUGCUCCAUCGAACCAAUCAUAGAGCUAUUUUGAAGCUCAAAAGCAACACCGAAAAUGUUUCUCGCAAACACCGUCAAAAAUUAGUGAGAGAGAAAAUUAUCCCAAUUUCAAUGUGCCUGUUGAAUUGCACUGCUGAAGAAGCUAUUAAUACAAUAAUUUCUGUGAAAAAUUCUAAAAUUGCCAUUGAGAAAUCCAAAUGGUAUAACUGUAAAAUUACAAAACAGUCCAAGAUGGUGAAACAAUUCACAGCAAAGAAAAUCCAAAAAAGAAAUCAAUUAAUGUCUGGUAUCGCCACUUAUGGCACAGGAAUAUCAUUAUCAACUGCUAAAACUAUGAAUAUCAUCAACGCCAAACAAACGAAUCAUGAAAAGUUACAAAAUUCACAUUUGAAAAAUCCGUUCUCAAGAAUUCGAAAGUGCAUGAAAAUUUCAAUAUUGAAAGAUUAUAUUUGCCAUGUCUUUGACAACAGAUCACUCAGCAGUGCAGACCUUGGCAAAGAAUUGUAUAAUAUUUUCAAAAACAAAACAAAUAUUGAAUUCAAUUCUUUGGACAAUUAUGAUCAAAUAUUGCACUCACUUGAAAAUCAACAGAAAUCAACGUUAAAUAGAGACAUUCCAUCAAUUCUUAAAUAUAUCUACAUUGAGCAAAAAUUGCUCUCAUUUAAUAGUGAACAAUUAUUUCAAGCAAUAGAAUAUUUUGCAGGAAUAGUUGAGGUAGAAAAAUUAAAUUUGUGGCAAAAAGUUGCUGAUCACUUACAAAUUUCCUUCAAAUUCAGUAAUGAUUUUUGUAGAUUCGGAUACUAUUAUUUCAAAAAUGAAGUACCACCGAUCCAAAUAUUCCAACGAAGACUUAUUAAAUUGGAUGAUGAUCUUCUUAUGCCAACCAUUAAUGAGCAAGAAAUGAAGGAUGAUGUUGAAGCUCUUUGUAUCGGCAAGGCAACUGAAAAUGAUGAGGAUGAUAGUGAAUUAUAUACCAUGGAAGAAUGGUGUAAAGUGUUUGAAAAUCCUCUAUCGUUAUAUAUUGGUUAUCCUAUUACAAUACCAAUAACAUUGAAUGGGAAAGAUGUUGCAGUGAAAGGUGUUGUUCGACGAAUUAUUCCUGUAAUAACUCAACAUAUGAUCCAAUGUCACAAAUAUGGGUAUAUUCGACAACAUAUCUCUAUUAUUAAUAUUAAUUUGGGAAUUGUCGAUUGGAUGGAUGGUACUUGUAUCUUAAACCAAUCAUUAGUGAAAGUUACAGUUCAAUUCUUAUGGGAUGAAAAUGUGUUUGAUAAAUCUGGGCUGAAUUUUGUCACUAAACCACUACCAAUAAUAUAUACAUGGUGUCCAGAGACUAAACAAAACGUGGCAACAGUUUCAUCUGUUUUGAGAGAUCAAUAUUUUGAACUGAAAGAGUUUGCAUUCAAAUACACAAGAUAUAUGAGCGCUGAUUACAGUAAUGCUGCUAAACGAUGGAAUCACAAAGUAGGUGGACAUUAUCGAUGCUCCAAAUGCAACAUUUCAUUUAAAGAUUGUGAACAUACCGACUACUUACAAUGCAUCAAAUUACUUACUGACAACAAAUCUCUGGAAAACCUGUUAAAAAUUUUUCUCAUGGGCAAGAAGGUCUUUCACACAUCAUUAAUGAUGGCAAACAUUUAA